AAUCCUGGAUCCGCCACUGAGAAAGACCACCACAAUCGAUGCAUGCAUGAGAUAACACCCAUCACCUAUCUUCUUCAUCUAUAUAUAUAACUCCGAUCAACAAUAAAAUUACGCGAUUCAGGUGCCGGAAUCUAGAAGAAUUAGCGAUGGUGGGACCACAAAGGCCACAAAUAAUACUGUUUGGAUCAUCGAUAGUUCAACUCAGUUUCAGCAAUGAUGGUUGGGGCACCAUUCUCGCAGAUGUCUAUGCUCGUAAGGCGGAUAUAGUGUUGCGUGGAUACAAUGGAUGGAAUACUAGACGUGGUGUAGAAGUCCUUGAUCAAAUUUUCCCAAAGGAUGCUGCUAGCCAGCCUUCACUGAUCAUCGUUUACUUUGGCGGUAAUGAUUCAAUGGAACCUCACCCGUCUGGCUUAGGCCCGCAUGUCUCUCUUCCUGAAUAUAUUGAAAACAUGCGAAAAAUUGCUACUCAUCUCCAGGGUCUUUCAGACACAACACGUAUAAUUUUCCUCGGUUGUCCGCCUGUGGAUGAGGUCAGAAUUCGCGAGACCAGAGGCUCCAUUGGUCGAACAAAUGAGUUAUGCCGGAUAUAUUCAGAAGCUUGCAUAAAGUUGUGCAAUGAGAUGGGAAUAAAAGUUAUUGAUCUUUGGAGGGCGUUUCAAAAACAAGAUGAUUGGCUGACUUACUUUAUUGAUGGGAUUCAUUUUUCAAGUUCAGGAAGCAAGAUAGUUGUUAAAGAGAUACUAAAGGUGCUUAAAGAAGCCGAAUGGAAACCAAGCCUACACUGGAAAUCUAUGCCCACUGAAUUUUCAGAAGACUCACCUUACUAUUUAGUCUAUUCGGAUGGAAAAACGACACUAAACCCAUCUGAUUGGACCUUUCAUAGAGAAAUCCAAUGGGACUAAAAACAUGAUCGACCUCAUAGCAUUAAAACAAGCGCAUUCGACUAUGACUAAUACAAAACUUUAUGUUGCAAUAACUAAGAAUUGUACUUGUGACCUCUAAUAACAACAUGCUUAUUAUUAUCUACGUUUAUAAAAAGCGUUGUUCAAAA